AAAAUAUAUAUGUAAAAAAUGAGCUUGAACGGGAUCAAACCACCAGACAGCCAAGAAGAAGCAUUUUCAUUCACUGUUCAACAGUUGCCCGAGAAAGAGUAUGCUGAACCAACGACAACAAGAACAGGACGAUUUAAUCCCUUCAAAUGGAUUUUAUCCAUCAGUAGUUCUAACUAUCUAGUCAAAUCAUUCGAGGAUUUCUUCAGAUGGGAGGGAGAGACUGUAAGUAAGAAUAGUAUCCCUGUGAUACUGAUCAGCUUACUACUUGGAGGACUGGGCUGUGCCGGGUUACCAUUCCUUGAACAGGAGAAUAAUAUGAUUAGGCUCUGGAUACCCCAGAACAGUGACACUGCCCUGAACUAUGCCUGGUUGUGGUCCAACUACCCCCCGGAGUUUCGAGAACAUUCGAUAAUUCUGCACGGAGAUAACGUACUCACCCCACCGGCGAUACAGAAGUUGUACGCAAUUUACAAGAGCGUCUACAGUAUAAAAACAGAGAAGUUUAAUAAAACUUGGGAGAAUUCAUGCUUCAGGCGCCCGGUCGUUAAACUCACCGGGGAAAUACUUAGCUCUAGGAGGAAACGCGAUCUGUGGGGAGAAGAGAGUGCAGAGGAUGAGUUUGGAUUCAACAAUUUUGACGAAAAUUUCAAUACUCCGGCCGAUUUUUCGAUUAAUAACUAUCCUCAACCCUACUGUGGAAUGGUUGAAUCUCUUCCUACUGCUUGUUUUGAGGAUAGUUUACUGGAGCUCUGGGCAUUUGAAGGAGAGUUCAAUCAUAUAUCAGAUGAAAAAAUCGCUGGACUUACAACGAAGGAGAUCCUGGAUAAAGUGAACAAUUGGGGUUACAGCGAGCGCUUUCUGAACGGUAAAUAUUUUUGAUUUUAAAUAUCUUUA